AUGGCCACCGAAGUUAUCCGCGAGACCAAAGUUCUCUUGACUCCUAACAACUACGCCCUCUGGUUAUUACCAAUGGAGGCAAGACUCUUCAGAUUAAAGCUGCUCGACAUCCUCGAAGGACAAGUUCAACCCGAUGAAAAAGAACAAGAAAAAUGGACUAAACUGAACAACGACGCUUAUGCUGAAAUCAUAGCGUACAUCGGUCAGGAAGUACUCGGAUUUGUUAGUUCUGCUCUACCUGCAACCCCUCGCUUCAAUGGCCGUGGUCUCUGGAAGCUGUUGAAAUCGCAAUAUGCCGGCGAUGAUCUAACCUCGCAAACUACAGCACUCGAUCAAUUUUUACAUCUUGGUUUCUCCUCCAUCGCCACUUUCAUCCCUGCCGUUCGAUCAGGGAAUCAAAAGAUAUCUAUGUCUGGUCUUGUCCUCGAUGACCGUGUCCAAACCAUCCUAAUGCUCAAGAAGCUACCGUCCGACUACCGCUUGUUCCGAGAUAUUGUCUCGAUGAACUACGGUACUGAGUCCUUCGAAUCUGUCAUCAAAAAGCUUGAAAGUUAUGUAGCUCAAAAUGACCUCGACAAGAAACCAUCGUCGACUUCCUUGACUCCGCCACAAUCGCUUCUCACUCGAUCGAACGAUCAAGCUGCAUCGAGCUCGACUCUCUGCGAUCAUUGCAAGAAACCCGGGCACCGCAUCAACAACUGCUGGGCUAAGUAUCCAGAGAAAGCCCCCAAGUCUCACUCAGCUCACAUGACGGUUCAAGACAACUUCAACCAACUCAAUGAUCCAACCGAUUUCUCUCGCUUCAGAACAGCCGACGGCAAACUACAUCACGUCGACGAAAUGAGGUUUGAAGGUGUCCAAUACUUCAAUACAUAG